UUAUUUUUAGAAAAAAAAAUAAUGCAUAGAUACAAUACAGCACAAUAGAAAAACUAUAAACUCAUGUUUUUGAGUAAAUUAAAUCAUGAAUGACAUUCGGAGCUUCUUUGGUGCUCCAAACACCAAGAAGAAUAGACCAUCUAAAGAGUCAGUGAAGGAAAUCUUAAAGAAACCAGCAAAUGAUUCGAAAGAAAAGGGAAUUGGAGAUAAAAACAAGAAAAGAAAGAACCUAAGAUUAACUAUCGAAUCAGAAUCUGAUUCAGACCAUGAGGAACCAUUACCAUCAAAGUUGAGAAAAAACAAAAAUAGCAAAGAUCAGGGAAAAGGUAGUAAGAAGACUCCUUUAAAGACUCCUUCAAAGAAUCGUAGUGAAGAAAAUGAUGAUGAUAUUGUUGUCACAUAUCAAACUCCAGGAAAACACGGCACUAAAAAAGCAUCUGCUAAAAAACAAUCAUCAGUUAAAAAAUUAAUAACACCUAAAAAAGAAGUGUUACAACCAACUACUGCUGAAGAUUUCUUUUCCUCCACCACUUCAGUUAAAAGAAAAAAGCCAGAAGAUGAUUCAUCUGAUUCCAUAGAAAAGAGUGAAGACAAAUCUAAAAAACCUGUCACUGAAAUUGAUAUUAAGGAUGAUAACAUGGAUGAUCCACCAUCUAAAAAGGUAAAGAAAGAUGCAAAGAUACAGUCUAUUCAGAAAGCAUGUAGGACUUCACCACGAAAGAAAACAAAAGCUGUUGAACAGAGUCCUGUAAAGGGGACUGCAAAAUCUCCACAGAAGGUAAAGAAAGAUGUAAAGAUGCAAUCUGUUCAGAAACCUACUAGGACUUUACAACAAAAGAAAGCAUCUGUUUUAUCCAAUAAUGAUAAUAAUGAUGACAAUGAUGAAAUUAUUGAGCCAACACCACCACCUUCGAAAAAGGCUAAUGCAUCAAAGACUUCUAGUUUAGCCAGCAAACUUUCAACCAAGGUUAGAACAACAGAAUCCAAAACAGACCAAGUUGACCCUGUGGAAUCUAAAAUGAAAGACUCGGUACAGAAGUACCUGAAGCAAGCAAAAGAUGUUGACAAGGAGAAAGCAAAAAAUCAACCUGAUACGAAUAAAACACCACAGCGAGAAAAAUCUUCACCAAAACCAGUUUCUCCAAGUGCAACAACACCAUUGACUGCUGCUUCUUUACCCUCGCAUACACCUGAUGGCAACAAGACACCAAAUACUCCACACACAGAUGAAACGCCUGUGGCGCAGAAAAAAACAAAUUAUCGGGCUUACAUAAAUAGAGAGGGUCCAUCAGCAUUAGGGUCGAAAGAAAUGCCUGUGGGUGCUGAGGAUUGCUUGCAAGGAUUAACUUUUGUACUUACUGGUGUUCUUGAUGCAUUUGAACGUGAUGAUAUUGUUGAUUGUGUCAAACGUUAUGGUGGUAAAGUCACCACGUCGGUCAGUGGCAAAACCAGUUUUGUUAUUGUCGGAAAAGAUCCUGGUCAGUCGAAAAUGGAAAAGGCGUUAAAACAUAAAACCCAUCAACUGAGUGAAGACGAAUUUCUGGAACUGGUGCGCACAAGACCUGGCAAGAAAUGGACUUCACCUAACAUUGAACCGAAUAAGACAACGUCGAAGAAAUUGAAUAUGCAAGGCCUCACACCCGAAAGUCCAAUGACAAUAGAUGGUAGUCAGUCAAGCAAUAAUUCAGAAAGUAUCUCGGAAUUUAGCCAAUCUCAAAAGAGUCAAAACACCCCGAAGAGUUUUGUUUCGGUGCAUUCACAAAAGAGUGCACUAUCGUCACCUACAUCUCAAAACACACAAUCACCUGUGGUGUCGAGUCCGAAUUUGUCACAAGGUGUCCCGUCGUUGUUAUGGGUUGAUAAAUAUAAACCAAAAGCAAUGAAGAAUAUUGUUGGCCAGCAAGGUGACAAAAGCAAUGCUAAUAAGUUGAGAAAAUGGCUGUUGCGUUGGCAAGACAACAAUGCACCAGGAAAAAAGACGAAAUCAAAUUUUUAUGCGGGCAAAGAUGAUGGUUCGAUAUUUAGGGCAGCUUUAUUAUCAGGCCCGCCUGGUGUGGGCAAAACCACGAGUGCUACUUUAGUUUGCCAGGACGCUGGCUUUUCUUUCAUUGAGAUGAAUGCAAGUGACACACGUGGAAAGAAAGCGCUUGAAACUGUCAUCAAAGAAUCUCUUUCAAAUGUGACAGUUAACGGAAUGCUGCAAGGUUCAAACAAUGGUGGAAAGAAUCAUGUAUUAAUUAUGGACGAAGUUGACGGUAUGGCUGGUAAUGAAGACAGGGGUGGAAUGCAGGAACUUAUUCAGUUGAUCAAGAAGACAAGAAUUCCUAUCAUUUGUAUGUGCAACGAUCGAAACCAUCCUAAAGUUCGCAGUCUUGCCAAUCACUGUUUUGAUCUUCGCUUCUAUAAACCACGUGUUGAACAGAUUAAGGGAUUUGCACUCAGCAUAGCCAGCAGAGAAGGUUUAAAGAUACCUCCACAAGCCAUGGAGCAGAUUGUGGUGGGUGCUAACCAAGACAUACGACAGGUUGUACAUAACCUUCAGAUGUGGACAGCCACAAGCAACAAACUGUCCUACGAUGAUGCAAAGGCUGAAGCUAACAAUGCAAAGAAGAAUAUUAAAAUGGGACCAUUUGAUGUAAUCAAGACGUUAUUCACGCAUAGUGAAGCAUCGAAGAUGUCGAUAAAUCAAAAGUCGGAUUUGUUUUUCAUGGAUUAUUCUUUCAUUCCGCUUUUUAUGCAAGAAAAUUAUCUGGGUGUCAAUCCGAGCGAAGGAAGAGGUGACAUGCAGAAAAUAUUGGAUGCUGUAAGCGACACGGCUGAUGCAAUCGCAGACGGCUGUCUUGUCGAGAAUCUGAUCAGAACCCGGCAGCAAUGGAGCUUGCUACCUCUACAGGGUUUGUUUUCUACUGUUUUACCUUCCAUGAAAAUGUCUGGACAUUUGGGACAACGCAUCGAGUUUCCUCAAUGGCUUGGUAAAAACUCCAGUCGUACUAAACACGAUCGAAUCUUACAAGAGUUGAAAACACAUAUGGCUUUGAGCUGUAACUGCAUGAAAACAGAUAUAAACAUGGAUUAUAUAUCGACUUUAAAAAACCGCUUGAAACAACCAUUGCUAGAAAAAGAUGCUGACGCCAAUGCGGCAGCUAAGGAAGUCAUUGAUCUUAUGGAUCAGUAUAAUUUAACAAGAGAAGACUGGGAUUCCGUUAUGGAAAUCGGAAAAUGGGGUAAGGAAUCGGAUGAUACGGCAAAGAUUCCAACCAAGGUAAAAUCAGCGUUUACACGUUUGUAUAACAAAGACGUUCACAAGACACCUUACGCUGUGCACCAAGCUGCCAAAAAAACUAAAAUUGCUUCAACUGACGGUGUUCUACUUGGAGAAGACGACGACCAAGCAGAUGUUGACGAUGAAGAAGAUAAUGGUGAUGAUGAUGACAUCAGCAAAGACGCCAUGAUUAAAAUGAAGAAAGAACCGGUUGCCGGUUUUUCGGCGAAGGGGAAGGGCAAAAAGCAAGCCGGUAAAAGUAAACCAACGAAAGGGAAAAGUAAGAAGUGAUAGUUGAUAUCGUGUUGUGAAUUUAAACGGAACAAGGUUUGGUAACUGGCCUUUAAUCGCAAGAGUUGGGAUUAUCUGUAUCAAGAAAGAGAAGAACUAAAUUGCUCUAGAUACCUAUGAGAGAAUCCUGAAAACAUAAAAAAUAGAAUCGUCUGUAUAUUUUCUUGCAGUUAGAAUAAAUUUAUAUGAAAA